CACAAAACAUUGCACACAACCGGAAGAUGAAUUGGAGCUCAGUUAGCCUGAGCUUUACCGAUGUUUUAUGGUCUUUUCUGGCUCUUUGUUUCCUCGUAGCUUUCUGUGCUCAUAAAGUCUCACUACACCUGCCGAUAAAACAUGAAACAUGGCGACUUUACGUUUUAUUUCAGGAUCUUAUUCGCUACGGAAAAACCAAACACAACCUCAAACGAGACGACUGGCUCCGUUCGUUUGACGUGCCAAAAAGGUGGUUCUGGCACUUCUAUGCCAUCUCUGUUGGCUGGAAUAGUCUUCUCCUGGCCUUCUACCUGAACUUCAUAUUUCAGCAUCAGUCAUACCCAUCAUGGCUCACUGGAAUAUUAGACAUCUUGACAGGUGUACAAAGCACCAACAGUCAAGUCCCACAGCUGUCUACUCUGCUGGUGCAGCUGCUGCUCUGCGUCCACUCCCUCAGGAGGCUGCUGGAGUGCCUGUGUGUCAGUGUCUUCUCUGAUGGAGCCAUACAUGUGGUGCAGUAUGUGUUCGGUGUCUGCUAUUACAUCAUACUGGGGUUGACGGUGCUCUGCUCGGAUCGCUUGGGAAAAGGGACUGGACCCCUCCUCUCUCAGCUGGACUGUUGUCAUGUGGUUGGAGCUGCACUUUUUAUUGGGGCCUCGCUGAUGCAGCAUCAGUGCAUGGUCCUGCUGGCCAGGCUUCGCACUGGGAAGUCAGGAACAGUGGAGACGCUGGCUCACAGGAUGCCAGAGGGAGGCUGGUUCGAGCUGGUGUCAUGCCCACAUUACUUUGCCGAGCUGCUGAUCUACGUCUCACUGAGCUUAGCUUUCGGAGGCUUGUCCUUUACCUGGUGGCUGGUUGUCCUUUACGUGCUCUUCAACCAGGCACUGGCUGCACAGCUUUGUCAUGAACUUUAUAUCAGCAAAUAUGAGUCAUACCCAAAGCAAAGACAAGCUUUUAUACCUUUUGUGCUUUGAGUGGUUUUAUUUGUGUCUUCAGUUUUGCAUACCUUACUGGGAACUAUAAAGCACUAGGAAAUGUAUGAGAUGUCUGAGGAUCUGAAUGUGUGGGAGUUAAACACAGUUGAUUGACAACGUACUCUCAACUAAGUGAAGCUGCUUAAUAGCCAAGAAGACAACACUGACUGUUGUUGACAGCUCCCAGGUGUGAAUGAGAUGAAUGGCAGUGCUGCAGAAACAGUCUUCCGCAGAUAAAGUCUCUCCAGGUGAGAGGUGAGCUGUGUCCUCGAGACUGAUGUGAAGAAAUGAGGAGUGUCACCACAAAUCACUUGUUCAUUACAAGACCUUGUUUUUGUUAUAAUAAAGUAUAUUCAUGUAAUAAUAAAAUGUUUUCUCUGUAAUGGGACACAACUUAAUCUCCUUGUAAUUCAUAAGAUAAGUUGUUAAAGAAGUUUUAAAGAUUUUUUUUUUUCACAAAACAAAAAGUUAUUUUUAAAACAUGGAAUCAGACAAAUUGAGGCUUUGACUGAAUAUUUUCUUGUUAUAGCAACAUAUAAAAUGUUAUUUUAUUUGUAUAGCAUUUAUCUGAACAAGGUUACAACAUGCUUCACAAAGUGCAUGAAAAUAAAACAACAAAAACAAAACAAUAUUUUAAAAAAAGAAAAAUUGUGUGUACAGAGGCAAAAACAGAACAAAACGAAAUAAAACACAAAAGUUACAAAUCAAAAAGUACAAAUCAGACAUUAAAAGGCAAAGUUUUCCUAUAAAAAUAUGUUUUAAGCAAUGAUUUUAAAAACAGGUAAUGUGCUCCCCAUCCUAAUAUCCUCAGGCAGAGAAUACCAGAGCCUCGGGGCCUUGAUAGCAAAGGCCUGGCCAGCUUUAGUUUCCAACCUCUAUUUAGGGAGGACUAGCGAGAGUAGGCUUGAGGAUCUUGGGUCACGACUUGGAGCAGAGACAGUCAGAAGCUCAGCUAUAUAACUGGGACUGAACCAGGUUGAGCUUUAAAAGUUAUCAAAAGAAUCUUAAAAUCAAACCUGAAGUUAACAGGCAACCAGUGGAGGGAGGCAAGAAUUUGGGUGAUAUGUGACCUAAACUUUGUCCCAGUUAAAGUAGGAACUUUUGCAUUCUGCACUAGUUGAAGCCGAGCUACUGAAGAUUUACUGUGGCAUGUAAUCAGUGUGUUACAGUCGUCAAGGCCUGAGAAUACAAAAGCAUCAACAAACUUUUCUAGGAAAAAAAAAUGGAAAUAAGUGGGUAUGUAACAAUAAAGAAACAUGAGACCAUUGUGACAAAUUUUUUUAGCAUAAAAAAUAAGCAAUUUCGUUAUUUUCAAAGAUCUCAAUAUGAGAAACAGCUUUUUCUCCUCAUGGUGGAAUAAUAUUAUCCUGCUGUUGUACAUGUGUGUUUUUUAAUGCUUUUGAUUUUGAGGUACAACAUGAAAUCAGUUCUGUUGUAAUUAAAUACAACAGUUACACCAAAU